AUGAAUAUGAAUUCUUCAUGGUAUCUAGAGGUCAGUCGACCCAUUACAAGUCAACCCAGUUCUAUCAAGUCUAUUAUACCUAGUGUUGUUGAACCAUCAGUGAUUAGUAUAACGAGUGGAUAUAGUUUUGCAACAGAUGAGUUGAGCAACGAGAGUGGGGAGGAGAGUUGGGAAAGCGUCGAGAGUGAGAGUACUACAACAAGCAUGAGUAUGGAAACACCUUAUAGUAUGACGUUGAGUGAGACAACUGUUAAAAGUUUAUAUGAAAUGACAAGUGAUUCGAAAUAUAACAGCAAGAGAGUGAGCGGCAGCAGUAGCACGAGUUUUUAUGAAACAAUUGUAUCGUUGAUUAGUGACGAACCGGUAUUACAAGAUUCAAUUAUACGAGAGUCUGCUCUGCAUGAAUCGAUUUAUAGUGAAUACAUGAAAGCCAGUCGUUUGGUUGUUACUACAAGCAGUGAGACGAUGAGCGGUAGUUCAAGUAUGACGACGAGUAGUACUGCAAUUGAGGAUGACGAGGGGGAGGAGAAUGAAGAGAGCGUUACGACAAGCGCAGCGGUAAAGAGUACGAAUAUAUUUGGACGAUUAUCCAAGACGAGAACGAGGGUUAAGACCGAGGCAAGCGAAACCAAAACACCAAAUGCAAGUAGCGAGAGUGACACGACAACGAGUGGGGGUGAAAUAAUUGAAGACAUGAGCACGGCCCCAUCUACCACCAGUACCACCAGUACCACCAGUACCACCAGUACCACCAGUACCACAACCAGUGAGUCAAUUGAUGCUAUUCGUGAUACAAGUUCUGGCGUUAACACCAUCCAAAGUAUUGAAUCAAUUACGAAUACCCUCAGAAUUGACACUUUUCUGGCCAGCACUACAAUCGAAGGCUCUACAAUCGAAGGCUCUACAAUCGAAGACUCUACAAUCGAAGGCACUACCACCUCUGAGACGUCCGUGCCGCAACAAACACCUUCCAUCAAUAGCCACAGCCACAGCUCCAGCUCCAGCCCUAAUGCUCUGUCUGUACAGGCGUUUGUGUCUGGCCAGCCCGAAUCCGCACAUGUGCCAAACUCGGCAAGCCCCACUUUCGGCACAUUCUCCAAGGACCCUGAAGCCUUGCAAACAUUCUCGGACAAAAACGACCCCGCCACCCCGUCACGUGCCUCCGCCCCUGCGUUUUCCUCAGCUUCCACCUCACCCACACAUGCGGUGUCCCGUGACAACUACAUCAUUGCCACGGCUGAGAACUCCAGCCAGGAUUUCCACCCGACUGCUCGCCGCCAAACUUCUCGUCGCGUGUCACAAAAUACCAUGCCAAGUCUGACACAAAGUAAGACGCCUAGCGAAACGCCUAGCGAAACGCCCAGCGAAACGCCCAGCGAGGCACUGCAAUUGCAAACCACCACAAGCAGUCGCCCCUCCUCCUCCUCCUCACACACUCCUGUAUCCUACGAACUCGUCUCUGUUAGCAACCCAGACGUCCUAAUGUUUUGCUACCUGCAAGAAUACAUCCUCACCGACACAGCAACCACCAUCACCACCGAACUGCCCACCACGAUAGUCGAACCUGCCAGCUUCAGCUCCAGCGCAUUACCCUCGUACGUCGGCCCCAUCACAACCAGUCUGGGCUACUUGCGUGCCCGCUUAGACGUGGGGUCUGCCUCUGUUGCCUCUGCCACUACCACCAGCCCAAGCACCCUCACCCCCACCCCCACCCCCACCACCCACAAACACAACAACAACAACGCCGGCAAAGUAGCAGGAGGCGUCGUAGGAGGUGUCGUCGGCGCCAUUGCCCUGCUCUCCCUCCUGUCUGCCGCCAUGCUCCACACCCGCCAAACUUCCACAGGACCCUUGCGCCCACCAGCAUUCGAACACUGGACCGGCCACCACUACCGCGACACACGUGACUGCGACUCGCUCACCACGCAGUCCUCACGUGACAGCGACCCCUUUUCCUCGUCCUCCUCUGCCGCCACACAUCACGUGCCUCCACCAGUGCCCCCUCCUCGCAAGCACGUGGCCCGUGCCGCCACACCCUCCUCUGCCUCCUCCUCUGCCGCUUCUUCUGUGCCGCCACACAACGUCACGUGCACGACCCUCGACGAUUCCGGCACGAGUUUCGGCCGAACCAGUUUUAGUCUGAGCAGCCAUGACGACGAAAACGACACCGAAAACGAGACACAACCCGUGCCGCCUGCAGGCUUUUUCCGCGAGGUGUUUUAG